UAAUCCAUUGUUUCAUUUCGUUUCAAGGUUGAUACUAUAAGAACUCUGUGGACAGAGGUGGCAGAGCUCGUGGAACGUCAAGUGGGUGCCGGAGAAAAAUGGCAAAAAGUCCUGAUAUUUCAAAGCUCAUCUUCUUCUUCAGCUAUGUUGUUGUGCUCACUCUGCUUAUGUGCAUUGGACCCACCAAAUCCCAAGCACAGGUGGGGACUCUUGCAGAUGAUGAAGUGGAUGCCCUUCGUGAAAUAGCUGAACAACUGAAUAAAAAGGACUGGAAUUUCAGCGACCCGUGUAGCAAUGUUCCAACUUUUUCAACCCCACAUACGGAUCAGUACAACAACACUCUCGUCUGCAAUUGCUCCUUCAGUGGCAAUGUAUGCCACAUCCAAAGCAUGUUUCUUACGGGGCAGGAACUUGAUGGUGUGCUUCCCCCAGCACUAGUGAAGCUAACUUACCUUAAGCAAGUUAAUUUGGGCCAGAAUUACCUUAGUGGUUCAAUACCGCACGAAUGGACUUCUACGAAGUUGGAAUUUCUGGUUCUCAGUGUGAACAACUUAUCAGGAUCCAUCCCUGGCUAUUUGGGAAGCAUAACUACUCUUCGAGCUUUGGCCUUGGAGAGCAACUUAUUUUCUGGAACAGUUCCCCCAGAGUUGGGGAAAUUGGUUAACUUGGAGAAGCUCUAUCUUCGGGCUAACAAUCUCACUGGAGAGUUGCCUCUCGCUCUCACUAAUCUGACCAAAUUGAAAGAACUACAGAUUGGCAGUAACAACUUCACUGGAAGAAUACCUGACUACUUUCAAAGUUGGAAAGAGCUCCAGAUGUUAGAGAUGCAGGCCAGUGGUCUUGAAGGGCCCCUUCCUUCUAGUCUCUCUGCCUUAAAUAAUAUGAGAGACCUAAGGAUUAGUGACUUAAGUGGGGAGAGUUCAGACUUUCCAAACUUAUCAAACAUGACAGGCAUGCAGAAAUUGAUGUUAAGGAGCUGCAAUAUAACAGGAGCAAUCCCUGAACUUAUCUCUAAUAUGACAAGUCUCAGUGUUUUAGAUCUUAGCUUCAAUAGAUUGGAAGGGAGCAUUCCAAAUCUUGCAGAUAUUAUGCAAUUGGCCACAAUAUAUCUGACAAGUAACUUGCUUACUGGGCUUCCAGAGUGGAUAAAAGAUAGAGACAGUCGCUACAAUAUAGAUCUUUCUUACAAUAAGUUUUCUGGAAACUCUGUCCCAACUAAUUGUCGAGAAACCUUCAAUGUGUUCAGAAGUGUUUCCAGACAGAACAAUUCGAUACUCAGUAAUUGCCUCUCUCCAUGUUCAAAAGAUCAGUAUUCGUUGCAUCUAAACUGUGGUGGAAAUCAAACCACCAUUGGAAACAUCAAGUAUGAUGCAGAUGAAGCCUCAGGAGGUGCAGCAAAGUUUUUUCAGGGCUCAGUGAAUUGGGGAUUUAGUAGCACUGGUGAUUUUGCAGAUGUUUGGAGUUCUGACAAAGACUAUAUAGCAAAUAAUAUUUCUGUACUCGGAAUGAACAACUCUGAGUUGUACAGAACUGCACGACUUUCUCCUCUUUCUCUCACAUAUUAUGCCCGUUGCUUAGCAAAUGGCAAUUACACUGUGAAACUACACUUUGCAGAAAUAGUGCUCAGAGACAACAGGUCUUAUUACGGUGUUGGAAGACGAAUGUUUGAUGUUUAUAUACAGGAAAAACGGGUGUUGAAGGAUUUUGAUAUUAAAAAGGAAGCACAAGGGGUUGAUAAGGAAGUGAUUAAAGUAUUUAAAGCAGUUGUUAGUGUUAAGACUUUAGAAAUCCGCUUUCAGUGGGCUGGGAAAGGGACGACCAAUGUUCCAAAACGUGGAGUAUAUGGGUGUCUUAUAUCAGCUAUCUCAGUGCAGUCUGAUUUCAAGCGUCCUGAUGAUAGCAAAACAAAGAUAUUCAUUGUGAUUGGAGUUGUUUCGGCGUUAUGCCUUAUUUUUGUGACUUUUGGCAUUCUUUGGUUGAAAGGCUGUUUCGGAGGCAAGACAUCUAGGGAAGAAGUUCUCAGAGGAUUCGAUCUGCAAACUGGUUUCUUUAGAUUCAAACAAAUGAAAGCCGCAACUAACAACUUUGAUGCUGCAAACAAGCUUGGGGAAGGUGGCUUUGGAGCUGUUUACAAGGGCGAAUUAUUAGAUGGCACUUUUAUUGCAGUUAAGCAACUUUCUUCAAAAUCAAAGCAAGGAAAUCGCGAAUUUGUGAAUGAAAUAGGCAUGAUUUCUGCUUUACAACAUCCAAAUCUUGUGAAAUUGUAUGGAUGUUGCAUUGAAGGAAAUCAGUUAUUGUUGGUAUACGAAUACAUGGCCAACAAUAGCCUUGCACAUACUUUGUUUGGUCCAGAGGAAGGCCUAAAGAAAUUGGACUGGCGUACAAGGCAGAAAAUAUGUGUUGGCAUUGCAAGAGGUCUGGCUUAUCUGCAUGAGGAGUCAGCACUGAAAAUUGUUCAUAGAGACAUCAAAACAAACAAUAUACUGCUUGACGAGGACCUUAACCCUAAGAUAUCUGACUUUGGUUUGGCUAAGCUGGACGAAGAGGAGAAGACCCAUAUCAGCACCAGAGUUGCUGGCACUAUAGGAUACAUGGCGCCGGAGUAUGCAUUGUGGGGUUAUUUAACUGAUAAAGCAGAUGUUUACAGUUUUGGGGUUGUUGCAUUGGAACUCCUAUCUGGGAAAAACAACAUCAAAUAUCGGCCGAAUGAGAAUUUUGUAUGCCUUCUGGAUUGGGCCCUUGUUUUGCAACAAAAAGGAAAUUUGAUGGAGCUGGUGGAUCCAAAGUUGGGGUCUCAGUUCAACAAGGAAGAGGCAAUGAGAAUGAUUAAGGUAGCUCUACUAUGCGCUAAUCCAUCACCGGCACUAAGACCUACAAUGUCUGCAGUAGUGAGCAUGCUUGAAGGGCAAACUAUUGUUCAUGAGGUGAAGAUAAACCCGAGUAUUUACGGUGAUGAAUUGGGGUUUAAGGCCUUCACAGAGGACUCUGAUGUUGAUCACAGCUCCUAUGAUGAGACUCAAAGCCUCAUUUAUUCAUCCAAUGAAAAAUGGACAGCCUCUACCUCUUCGUCUGUCUAGGAUUUCUACGCUGUUAGUCUUGACUCUCAAUAUUUCUGAGUGCCCUGCCACAGAAAGCAGCUACUGGUACCAAAAUUAAAGUGUGACUUUACUAAACAACAAUUGCAAGAAAAGCUAGGACAAUAGAGACUGUACAAUACAAGAGGGUAACUUUAGUUGCACUUGGAGAAGGUUGGCAUAAUUAUAUGAAAUCUCUUGUAUAAAGUUACAUUCUCUGAUUCAAUGAAAAUCAUUCAGGCAAA